CUUGUUCAAAACAGUUGUCAUUUCUUACAGCUGGUGAAUAGAGUCACUUUACUUUUUAAGAUAAAUAAAAGUGUGUGAUUUAAUGGAAGUAUUUAGUGAAAAUAUUCGACUAUUCACGUCGAUUAUUGGAAUUUAUGCAAUAAUUUGGUGGUGUUUUGAACAUUUUGCAUCAUUAUUUGAGUUGAUUUACAAUUCGAUCAAGCCUUACAUCAAAUGCCAGUGUAAAAGGACUUUACAAAUGCAAUAUGGACAAUGGGCAGUCGUUACGGGUGCAACUAGUGGAAUCGGAAAGUAUUACGCUUUAGAACUUGCGAAAAGAGGAAUGGAUGUUUGUUUGAUAUCAAGGUCAGAAGAAAAUCUGAUUUCACUUGCUCAUGAGCUAGAAAAAUUUGAUGUUUCAACAAAAGUCAUUGUUGCUGAUUUUUCAUACGGAGCAUCAGUUUAUAAUAACAUUGAGUUGCAGCUCAAAGAUCUUGAUGUUGGAAUUCUGGUAAAUAAUGUCGGAACUCAUGAAGAUCCCGAUCAUUUCGAUAAAUUGUCACACGAAUCAUUGUGGAGAAUGAUCAAUGUUAAUGUUGGAGCUAUAACUUUUAUGUCUAGAAUUGUUAUCCCAAAAAUGAAGAUCAAAAACAAAGGAUUAAUUUUAAAUGUUUCAUCUGGAAGUCAAUAUCAGCCAACACCUUUACUGGCUCUUUAUGGUGCCACAAAAAGUUACACUAGAAGCUUGUCAAUUGCUUUAAAUAGAGAACUUGUUAAUUUUAAUGUCAAAGUUCAUCUGAUAAUCCCAUUUUAUGUCAAAACCAAUAUGACACGCUACUUAAAUGUUCCAGAUAAAGGAAAUAUAUUGUCUCCAAAUGCAAAGGUUUAUGUAAAAUCCGCAGUUAAAACGCUUGGAAAGUGUACACAUACAAGUGGAUAUUGGUGCCAUAGUAUUCAGUUCACGCUAUUCACAACACUUCCUGAGUUUGUGAGAGUUUUUUUGACUCACAAUUUCCACAUUGUAACUGGUGCUACAGAUGGUAUUGGAAAAUGUUACGCCUUUGAGCUUGCAAAACGAGGAAUGAAUAUUUGUCUUAUUUCUAGAACGAAAUCAAAGUUAAAUGGAGUUGCCAGUGAAAUCGAAAAGACUCACAAGGUUCUUACCAAAUGCAUAAUAGCUGAUUUUUCAAAAGGAGAAUCAAUCUAUGAGGAAAUAAAUGAGCAAUUAAAAGACGUCGACAUUGGAAUCUUAGUUAAUAAUGUUGGCGUCUCAAGCAUUAUUCCUGAUAAAUUUGAGAAAAUGUCAGAACAAUUUCUAUGGGAAAUGAUCAAUGUUAAUAUUGGUGCUGUAACUUUUAUGUCAAAACUUAUAAUUCCAAAAAUGAAAAUAAAUAGACGUGGAUUAAUUCUGAAUGUGUCAUCAGGAGGUCAAUAUACACCACAACCAUUAAUGGCUGUUUAUGUUGCAACAAAAUGCUUUGUGAGGAGCUUAACUGUUGCAUUGAAUAAGGAGCUUUCGAGUUACAAUGUAAAAGCUCAUCUUUUAAUUCCAUCAUUUGUAAGAACAAAGGCCAUGCAAUUCCCCAUGAUAUGUAAAUACGGAGGUAAUAUCUUUCCGGAUGCAGAAACUUAUGUGAAAGGAGCAAUGAUAACUCUUGGUAAAUGCUCGCAUACAAGUGGAUAUUUCUAUCACAUGAUCCAGUUUACACUUAUCGAUUUGGUUCCUGAACGCAUCAGAAUAUAUUUCUCUCAUAUAGCUUUCAAGAACGCCAGACAACAAUAUCUUGAUGAGCAGAAAGUUAAGGAAUCUUAGGAAGCAGUUUAAAGCUAUUCUUUUAAUUAUGUACAUAGGAUUGACACUCGUUUCAUGAAGAUAAAAGAUUCUUUUGUUCUAAAUGAAUACUUUUGAACAGGAUGAAAAAAGUAUGGUGUCGAUGCCUUGAUUAUGUGGUAUUGGAGCUGUUAUAAAUAAAAUUAAUUCUUAAACAUUAUAUUAACA